AACACACUCUGCACUGAGCAUUCAGGCUUACUUUGAGAAGCCUUUGCGUUAUUCAUUUCGAGUUAGACAACGCUUCGCCCAGGCUUAGGAAGGGUAAACUGUAUUAGCAGUAGGACAAAGAGGACAGCUUUUUGGAGGGUUACCAAAGGGUCUUUAGGUUUUCUUCUUAUUGCUUAAGGGACAUUCUGGGAUCUUCACCUUGUUUCUGGAAAACAGUUGCUCUUGAAAAGUUUCAGCUUCACUUUCUUUUGAGUCCACAGAGAGGAGGGGAGAAAAGAGCUGGAAUGGGGAGACAUGCUUGCCUGAUGUUAAAGAAAAACUUGUUUGUGAUGAAUACAUUGGAGAAAUUGUUCAAGAACAUUUAAUCCAUGUGAAAAUACAGCCACGGUCAGUAAGACCUCAGAAUGGUGGACCUCUGCCCCGGCAACAGCAUUUGGGUACUCCAUUUGUGGCAGAUGUAAUAACUUUACAAAUUGAGAUAUGGCAGUUCAGUCUGGAGAGCUCAGUUCACACAGUACAUGUGAAAACAAGGCAAGAAGAGGUGCAGCAGAUGAGGUGCUGGGACAUAGAGCAACUGAGGAAGAUGAUAGCGUGGGUCUGAGAUGUAACACCCUUUGCCCUCAUGUUUUCAGUACUGAGGACAUGACAACAUUGCAGAAUGGCUGUGGAACUGACACCGCUGUUACCUGUAUAGUAAUGGAUAACAAAGAACCCAGAAAUAUAACUAGCAAUGGGGGGUGCAGUAGCAACAACAGUGCUGAAGAGGAAAUACAAGAUGACAAACUCAGCCCUUCAAAAGUCAUGCGCUUUUUUGCUACCCCUCGGAAACGAACUACCUCCAACUCAGAAAGGCCUCAUUCUCUGAUUGUGAUGGGCAACUCAUCAACGUGGAAUGCUUUGUCUUCCAUUAGAAAAAUGGGAUCUUUCAAGAAGCUAAAAUCUUCAGUUCUUCAAGGAAUUCAGGCCAGGGAAAGCUCAGAUGUCUUAAAUGAGAGCCCUAUUGGAAAACAUGUCUCCAAUGGCGCAGCAUUAAGAGUUCAGACUAACCGGUAUUCCUAUUCAGAGCCUUUACAUGAUUUCCAUAAUGCAGUGGAUGGUUUGGCUUCUGAUUGCUCUGAUGUAGAGGAAAGUGAUGAUUCCUUUCUAAGGAAUACUCACCGAUCACGCAGCAUCAGACGUGCUUAUGGUGUGGGCCGCAUAAAUUUGCUAGAUGCUGAUAAAAUUCAGAGUCAGCAGAACUGCACCAGGCCAACUUCUCCGGUCACCCAGGAGCCAAAGUUCUGUGAAAUAGUAGUGAAAGACUCUGAAAACAACAGGAUUAUCUACAGGAGAAGCAAAAGCACAGAUAGCUUAAACUUUCUGAAAAAGAGCUCAUUCAAACGAAAGUCCACCUCAAAUCUCACUGACCUGAAAGCUGCAAGUGAAAAGCAAGUGCCACAAAGGACAGUAAGCACCUCUUCUGCUGACUCAGACAAAGCCAGUGGAAACCCAGAGAGACGGUCAAAACGCUGGAAGAGCCCUAUCCGAGCAAAGGAUUUUGACAGAGUUUUGAAACUUGUAACUAAUGUUACAGAUGUUGCAUGGAAGAAAGAUGGUUCAAAGAGCCAGACUCCUUCUCUGAAUGAACAAAACCAGAGAACAAGGCCAAACAGCAGAUUACAUGACGACUACUCCCGCAGGGUUUCCAGUAGCACUGAAAAUGACAGACGGCGGUGCAUUUCCCCUGCACAUAGUCCGGAUUCUACCUUUUCUGGGACCCCGCGUCUCCAUAGUCCAGUUUCUCAGGAUACAGACAGUGAAUCAAAUGUAUUUACUGAUGAAGCCAACAGUCUCAGGACUCUAUCGUGUGUCUUAGAUGCUGUUAGUUCAUCACUUGCUUUUAACAACCUUAGUGCACUUCCUAAUGAAGUGUUUUAUGAAGACUCCACUGAACCAAAAAGUACCAGCCAGUUUACAGGUGAAUUUGAACAGCCUAGCAUUCCUCUUAGGCCUACUGCCCCUAAACCUCAGAGCCCCAGUGCUGAGAAAGUCCAGUGCAAUGUUAAUUUCCAUUGUCCAGAUCAUCACAGCACAUUGUCACUGAGCUCAAUGGAAAGUGAGGAAAGAAUUGAGUUACCUGCUCCAAAAUUGGGGAGAAAUCCUGUUUGCUUCCAGGACUCAGUGCAAACUGCUUACUAUGAUGAUGGAAAUGAAGACAGUGGCAUAAGCAGCCACUCUCAGCUUAGCCUCAAUUUAGCUUCUGGUGCUGAAGAAAAGAAGGAAGAGGUUAUUAUUGAUGACCAGUGGAAGAUGUCCUCAUCCCAGGAUGAAGAAAGGACAGAUGCACAAAAGUUCACUCCCAGGAGAUGGGGCUCUGGAAAAAGAUCUCGGCCAAGACCACUUUCAGACUAUGGUCAGUUGGCAAUCAGGAGUUUCUCUAUACCAGAAGAUUCAGUUGCAAUGGAGUCUCGGAAAACAGACUGUGUAGAUGGUGAAAGUCAGGUUGGAGUGGCUUCUGUGGAGACUACAGUCCAAAUCAGUACAGUAGGUCACCAAAGAGGGCGAAAACGAAGACCUAUCUCUGUAAUAGGUGGGGUCAGUUUCUAUGGGAACAGCCAGACUGAAGAAAUAGAAGAUCUGCUGACACAACCAAUAACACGGCCACCAGUUCCAGCCCACCAAGUCCCGCCAUAUAAAGCUGUUUCAGCCAGAUUCCGACCCUUCACCUUUUCACAAAGCACUCCCAUUGGCCUGGAUCGAGUGGGACGCAGGCGGCAAAUGAGAGCAUCUAAUGUUGUUACAGAUGGGGGAACUGAAUCUUCUGCCUUAGCUGAUGACAAUGGCAGUGAGGAGGAUUACAGUUAUGAGGAACUCUGCCAAGCCAGCCCUAGAUACCUACAGCCUGGAGGGGAACAGCUAGCAAUUAAUGAACUGAUAUGUGAUGGCAGCAUGGUCUAUGCUGAAGCACUGUGGGACCAUGUGACUAUGGAUGAUCAAGAGCUAGGCUUUAAAGCUGGGGAUGUCAUCAGAGUCCUUGAAGCUUCCAACAAGGACUGGUGGUGGGGAAGAAAUGAAGACAAGGAAGCCUGGUUUCCAGCUAGCUUUGUCAGGUUACGAGUUAAUCAGGAAGAACUACCAGAAAAUUGUGGUAGCACCCAGGAUGAAGAGCAACAUGUAGAUCGCCAAAAAAAUGCUGAAAACAAGGAUCAGAUGAGAACCAAUGUUAUACAGGAAAUAAUGAACACAGAGAGAGUCUACAUCAAACAUCUCAAGGACAUCUGUGAGGGAUAUAUUCGACAGUGUCGGAAACACACAGGAAUGUUCACCGUGGCUCAGUUAAACACCAUUUUUGGAAACAUUGAAGAUAUUUACAAAUUCCAAAGAAAGUUCCUCAAAGAUCUUGAGAAACAGUACAACAAAGAGGAACCUCAUUUAAGUGAAAUAGGAUCCUGCUUUCUUCAACACCAAGAAGGUUUUGCCAUCUACUCAGAGUAUUGUAACAAUCAUCCCAGUGCCUGCAUCGAGCUUUCCAAUCUAAUGAAACAUGGCAAAUACCGUCACUUCUUUGAGGCCUGCCGCCUGCUUCAGCAGAUGAUUGAUAUUGCUAUUGAUGGCUUUCUCCUUACACCUGUUCAGAAGAUCUGUAAAUACCCUCUUCAGCUUGCAGAAUUACUCAAAUACACCACUGAAGAGCACAGUGAUUAUAACAAUAUACAGGCAGCAUAUGAGGCCAUGAAGAAUGUAGCAUGCCUGAUCAACGAGCGCAAACGAAGGCUGGAAAGCAUAGACAAGAUUGCACGCUGGCAAGUGUCUAUUGUUGACUGGGAGGGGCAGGAUGUUUUAGCCAGAAGCUCAGAAUUGAUUCACUCGGGUGAGCUGACCAAAAUCUCAAAGCAAGGCAAAAGCCAGCAAAGGAUUUUUUUCCUUUUUGACCAUCAGCUUGUGUUUUGUAAGAAGGACCUGCUGAGAAGGGACAUGUUAUACUAUAAGGGUCGGCUUGAUAUGGAUGAAAUGGAACUUGUGGACAUAGAGGAUGGCAAAGAUAAGGACUUCAACAUUAAUGUCAAGAAUGCUUUCAAAACUGUGAAUAGAGCAACACAAGAGGUUCAUUUGUUUUGUGCAAAAAAACAAGAGGAUAAGAAAAGAUGGUUGGAGGCAUGUGAAAAUGAAAGAAGAAGAGUGCAGGAAGACAAAGAAAUGGGAAUGGAAAUCUCAGAAAAUCAAAAGAAACAAGCCAUGCAAAAUGCCAGAAAGUCAAGGCAUGGAAAAAUUAAAGGUAUAAGUUAUAAUGGAUGUCCGAUGCCCCCUCUACACCAGAGUUUACAUCCAAUUCAUCAACGCCACAUCACUGUGCCCACCAGCAUUCCACAGCAGCAGGUCUUUGCUCUGGCAGAGCCCAAACGAAAGCCAUCCCUUUUCUGGCACACCUUCAACAAACUUACCCCAUUCAAGAAAUGAGAGGGUGAGAGUUAUUGGAAGGUCGUUGGCUGGCUGAAGGAGAGCUGUCUUCUUGAGAAGAACCUUUGGGAUGCAACUGAACAUGCUUGAGCUAGAAAACUGCGAAUCCUCUCUUUUAAACAGACUUAGGCUCCACCUGAGUCCAGAACAUAGUCUAGAAGGAAAGCUAAGUUCAUAAGGUUAUAUGAUGAAGAAUCCAGAUGGUUCUGAAUUAAAUGUUGACACAUGUCAAUAAGCAUUGCUAAUGAGGAAUACAUCACUUGGUGAUGAAGGCAAAUUGCUAUUAUUCUAUAGUAGCGGCAUCUAAUCUCUCUUUAAUAAAGUCUUCUAAAAUUUAUUUUUCUUUAAUAAUGAAUUGAGGGCCAAAUUUAGGAGUAGAAAAAAAUUCUUCCCUCAGGGCAUAUUGGCAAGGAAUUUUAGGGGAAUUUUCUCCUUUGUUUCUAUCACUGAGCAGGGGUCAUCCAUCAGGAUCAGAUGAUUUAACUUGAUGGGGAUGCAGAAACUAGUGGAUCUCAACACUUUCUGUCUUUUCCACUGUUUCUGUACAUUUGCCAAAUGGCAAUAGGAAGACCCACAAGGCCUUAUCUUCUAGAUUAGAACAGACAAUUUUUUUACUUCAUACUAUGGAAAAAGGAACAAAAAAAGACUGCAAGGAUUUAUGUAUUUAUUGCUUAUGAGGAAUGGAAAGAGGAAAAACCAGACCCACUGAAUGAUUCUUUCCACCCGAGGUACCAUGUUGCAUGCAUAUAUGCACUUCCAAAUACAUUUCAUUUCUUGCCUAGGCUUCCUAUCCUGUAAGGCUCUUCUCUGUAAUUCCAAUAUGACUGUGUUUCUGUAUAAAAAUCAAAGUGUUUUAUUUUUAAACAAAUGCAAAUAAUGUGAACACAUAAAAAUGCAAAGUUAAGGAACCACGAGAGUCUUCUGGCACUAAUGAGCUUUGGUUAUGUAAUUCACACUUUUUCGUGCAACUUUAUUUGGAAAGUGUAUGAACUGUAACAAAAGUUUCCAUCAAAUUCCUGAAGCUGUCUUUGAUGCGAAGCCUCUUACACAUCAGUCAAGUGACUGUGGGUUUUUUAUUGCUUCAAAAUAUUAGAGAAGAUGGCACCAGUAUGGACAAAAGCAUUUGAUGGAAGCCAAAGUUGGCUUUGAGACCCAUCAGUUUCUGUUGAAGGAUGACUUUUAUUUUGCGCUGAGGUCAGCUCUGGCCAGAAUCUGUAGUAUAUGUUUGCACUGCCCUAUUUUGCUUUGCCUGUGACAUGAAGUUGAUUUGAAAAAAAUACCUUUAUAAAACGCAUGAGAAAAUAGGUUUUAGAACUGGCAGCACUGGUCAUUUUUCUCAAUUGCCAUGUGUAAUAAUUAACAAGUAUGGAGGGAGAGGCACCAUAGGUUUCAGCAUUGGUUUGCAAAGGAUUUAUUUCAUAUAUUUUACCAUUAUAAGAGUCCUAUGCUGCUGAUUAGAAGAAUGAUCUAAUAAUAAAAGAAGUUCCAAAAGUGUUCUUUGACAAAUUAACUCAGCCUUCUUUGCCAUGGAUAUGUAAAAAUAAAUGAAGAAUGAAUAAUGGGUUAACAGGCAGGUAUCUUACAGACAUUGUAAAAAGCCUUAUUUUAAAGUCUGCUGUUGUAACUCUCUAUUUUUACAUGUGGAGUCCAAAAGUUGGAGUGUAAAAUAAUUUAAUAACAGUAGCUUCUACAAUGCAUGAGCAAGCUCACUAAUGAUGCACAUGAAUAAAUGUUUGUCAGUAGUUGUGUUUAAAAAAAACUUGCACUUCAGUUUUUGAUAGACACAUACCUGACCUUUUACUAGCAAGUCGUUUUAACUAAGUGAUGCAUUGAGAACUGUACAUUCGAAAUGCCUUUUGUAUAAUUUGUCAUUGA